AUGUUAAUUGAAAUUUUAAAAGCGAAAGUACGAAGAAUAAAACUUGAAAGUUAUACAUUAGUUUAUUGUUAUCAAGAUGAAGAAUGUCCAUGGUAUGCUAAAUUAUCAAUUGUAAUAACACUUGGCUAUUUAUUAAGUCCAAUUGAUUUAAUACCAGAUUUUAUUCCGAUUUUAGGAUAUUUAGAUGAUCUUAUUCUUGUUCCAUUAUUAAUUAUUUUAUCAAUUAAAUUAAUACCAAAUCAUAUUCUAGAAGAAUCAAGAGAAAAAGCGAAACAACGAUUGAAUACGAUAACAAAACCGAAGAAAACAGCCUGGUGGUUUGCGCUCUUAAUUGUUUUGUUCUAUGUAACAAUCAUUUAUUUUAUAUUCAAUUGGUUUAAAUACAGAUGGUUUUCAUAA